CUGGAUUCGGCCAGGAACUUGUCGUUCGUUGUAUGACACAGGAUAAGAUUGUGCCUCAUAGCACAAAUCUGUGAGUGGAACGGCAUGGCAGUGAAGGGCGAUAUGUUGCUACCCGUGAUGCGACAAUAUCUCUUCACGUACCUAGGGCAAGUGAAUUGCGUUGCCCAGGCCAGGGUGACGGGGGGUGAUAUCCUUCUCAACCUUUUAUAGCACUAGAACAUUCAAUUAAAUGAUGUGAUAAACAGCUUAAGAUGCGGUGUAUACCUUAUGCCUCCAACGUCUUGCUGCGUCGUGUCCGGACAAUUUAUUUCUAUGGCCAGUUGCAGCGAUGACCUCAUCAACCCAUGAAUUUCAGUCUCCCACUCCAGAUGGCUCUCUUUCACCGCCACCUUCUCCAUUCUCUGACUCAGAGUGGCCAGUGAUACCUACCGACGAGUUGGGCAUGAUCGCCGACGAUGAAAGUACUUCAACAAAAGCUACCUCAACUCAGGUAGCUACGAAAGUCAAGAAUAAGGCCAAACCCAAGAGACGGCAGAUCACAUAUAUUUCACGACACUUUGCGGACGACGGCGGUGGCACGACUCAGGAUGAGACGGUCGGCCGGCGUUUUAUCGCACGCAAUGCCAAUGCCAACAGCUUAGAUCCCAGCGCAGCUGAAGAUCUACUGCCGGUUACACCACCACACACACCAGCUCGACCUCACGCACGAAUUUAUUAUGGCAUCAACAUCGAUAACCUGUCCUCCGACUCAGAUCUCACCGACGUCCCAGACGACAUUGGAUGUGAUCCGUUUUUCCCGGACGAAGAGCCAUUAUCUGAAAAGGUCCAGGCCAUCAAAGUCAAGUCGACCAAGAAUCGCCGACCUACAAAAUCACCUUACUUUCCCCAUCCCCACAAGCAUCGACCGACAUUUCUAUCGACCUUGCCAUUUCCACCCCUUUCCCACGACUAUUUUGGGUUAAUGCAAGAGCGACUAGCUCAUGAUCCUUUUCGUCUGCUCAUUGCCACAAUAUUCUUGAACAAGACCCCUGGUGAGCGCGCCAUGCCGGUAUUCUAUCAGCUAAUGUCUCGCUAUCCUACCCCAUUGGACCUGUCGAACGCAGAAGUCAGCGAUAUCACAAUCAUCAUAUACGGUCUUGGAUUCCAGAAUCAACGGGCAAGAAAAUGUGUUGCCAUGGCGAAAUGUUGGAUAGAGAGGCCCCCACAGCGAGGCAAGAGGUAUAAGAAACUCAAUUAUCCAUCGAAAGGUGAUGGUAAAGACGUUGGAAAUGAUGAGUUCGUCGAUGAUGAUGAUGCACGGGUUGCUUGGGAAAUCUCUCAUUUGCCUGGCUUGGGUCCUUACUCCCAUGAUAGCUGGCGGAUGUUCUGCCGUGAUAAGUUGAGAGGAAUGGCGGAAAGCUGGAACGGAGAGGGCAGUGCAGACAACCAGAACUUUGAGCCAGAGUGGAAACGAGUUGUGCCGUUGGAUAAGGAGUUGCGAGCGUGGCUUACUUGGAUGUGGAUGAAAGAAGGUUGGGUCUGGAACAAGGAGACUGGGCACAGAACAAAGGCAAGCGAGGACAUGAUGGCAAUGGCUCGUGAUGGCGGUGUUGUCGUGGAAGAGCAAGGUUCGGAAUAUUUGGUCGUGAAUUCAGGUGGUUGAACGUCCAAGACUAUGAUCAGAAGGACGCAUCUUGGAUACGGCGGACAAGUUGAGACAUCCUGACACAUGACUCUGAUCCGGGACUUCGACAUGUUUCGCCCAAGCUGACCCUACUCAACCUGAUACACCAUUCACAACCUUGUCAACAACCGCACCGACAGCGAGAAGCCUUUCGUCCUCGAAUUGGCGCCCCACGAGCUGCAGCGAGAUUGGCGCAUUGUGCCAAAGGCUGGGUUCAUCUGACGUCCGGCUCAUCAACAUCGGAUCAACCCGAGAUGGGUGGAGAAGGCUG